AAAUAAUUGAAGAAUUCCUGAGUGUCUUUUUGGGGCAGCGGCGUCCCUGCUGGACGCUGCCUGUAACUGCAACAGCUCCGGCUCCUGCCCAUUUUCUCUCGGUUUUAACCUCCAAAGUAAAAUCACAUGACGCGCAUUUUGUCAUAUGACAGCGAUGAGAGAGCUGAUUCUUGGCUGAAUAAGGUUCUGGUGUUUUCAGAGCCGCUGCGGGAUGAGAUGCUGCAAACAGACCCAGGCUGGAGGUUCGGGCUGAUCCGCAAGAGGAUGGACCGUCUGCGGCUCCUGUCUGCCGUCACCGCCGCUUGUUUCAUCGGCUUGGUGCAGAGCCAAACCACACUCACCCCUGUGGUGAUGAAGACCACCGCGUUGCAGAAUGCUACCGUUGUGACUCCAACACCCGUGAUUUUCAGCAGCACCACCCCAGGCUGCUUCAGUUUCAACGCUUCUACUUGUGAGGCCUGUGCGCCGGGGUCACAGUACGACAACAACACGCUGCCGUGUACAUGCUGCCCUAAUCCUGGGUUCUGUAUAUUUCCUGGAGCCUGUCUUCCAUGCAAGACAGGUUUCUACCAGCCACUGGCAGGACAACAGGAGUGUCUGGCUUGCAGUCGGGGCUCCUACACAAAUUUCACCGGGAGCCCAUUGUGCCACCCAUGCCCUGCUGGGUCCUUCAAUAAUGACACGGCUGCAGAAAGCUGCACAAGCUGUUCCCCAGGUUUGUUUGCAUCAAAGCUCGGCUCUACUUCCUGCACACCAUGUCCCCAGGGAAGCUUUUGCAAUUCGUCUGGUUGCACACAGUGCCCGAUGUGUCCCGGAGGAACAGAAGCUCUGCAGACCGCUGCUAAAGAUUGCACCCCCUGCCGACCAGGCAUGCACAAGGCUCCCCAUCAGACGAUGUGUCAAAUCUGCAGCAGUGGUUUCUACCAGAUCCUCUGGGGUCAGGAGAGCUGUGACCUUUGCCCCGAGAACCACUACUGCCCUAGCCCCGACGUGAACCCCAUUCAGUGUCCGAGCGAUGCUUUCUGCCCCAAAGGCAGCACGGCUCCGGGUUACUGCAUGGAGACGUUCUUCAGGAAAGCAGGGGAUACCUGUGAACUGGCGCCGGUUACUAUCGCUCUAUUGGUCAUCGGAGGAGGUGUGGCCUUACUCCUCAUUAUUUUGUUGGUUCUUCGUCGACGGCGGGACUCUGACGGAGAGCUGGCGGUCGCCCGGGCUCCUCUACUGCGCAAAGAGCGACCUCAGGGUCGGUACUACGGCCUGCCCUGCGACUCAGAACCAGUCUAUGCCGGCUGGUGAACCCUUUCCAAACUCAACUGUAACUUCAGAGGUGACCUAUUAUGCUUCCUUCAACAUAUUAGGAUAGUUUUAUGGGCUGCACAAAAAAUGUUCAUUUUUUUACAUAAAAUCUCUCUUAGAUAAUGAGAUUUUAGUCUGGUAAGUUCUGCCU